AUGGACGAGCAGUACUGUCCUGAGAAGUGGCUACCGCCGGCCGACAAACUGCCGCCGAAGCCGGCGCGGGGAGACUUCCCGAGCGACGCAGAAUUAGGCGCCGCCGUGCAUGCGCGGUCGUGCCUGCUCUGGAGAUGGCGGCGAAACUACGGCCGUCUGCAGAGGGACCGGGAAGGGUACCCCAACUCGAGCGGGUUACAGAAGCGAUCGGAGCAUCUCAAGAAGGCGAAGAGAGCGAGGGAUUACCUCGGGUUAAGGCGGACGAGGAAGAAGAAUCACCACCGGAAGAAGAUGAAGCUGAGUGGCUGCAGCAUCAUCGGGGAGGUGAACGGAAUCCGCCCCGCACUAGCAGACGCCGGCCAUGUGGGGGAUGAAGAAGACGAACGAGAAAUAGAGGAAGACGACAGCAUCGAAUGGAACUGCGCGGCUGGGGAUGGCGAAGAAGACCUAGGCGAGGAGAUUGACCUCACCCAGGGCGACGAUGGAGAGGAGGCCGAGCCGGGGACGCGGCAAUGGUUGAUGGAGAACGCGCCACAGGGACAGCAGGUGCCAUGGCCCACGGACGUGCAACAGGUGAACAAGAUGUUGAACCCGGAGCAGAUUUCCUUUGACAUUGAAGGGGCAAGGCAGACAAAGUGUGGCUGUAAGGACUUCUGCGACAUCACGGACUGUGCGAACGCUGCAGAGUACCAAGUCUGUGAAGAAGAAAAUUGCUCCCCGGGGGCGAGCCGAUGCCAGAACCGGUUUCGGACGUGCCGGCUGCACUUGAGGGUCACGCGCCAAGGGAUAGGCGUGUUCGCGUCCCGCACAAUCGCCGCUGGGACGGUGGUGUGCCAGUAUUGGGGGACGUAUGUGUUGAACCCACAACCAAAGGCAGCGUACACGAUCCAGCUGAAGCAGAGGGACGCAGGAGGACGGCGUGUGUAUGUGAGUGCGGAGCAGGGAGGAUGGAAGGCGCGGUUCAUAGCACACGCGUGUAAUCCGAACACGGAGUAA